AACCAGCGCGGAAUAAUGCUGACAAAUUCUCAUAAAAAUCCACUUCAAACAAUUACUCGGCCACACGAAAGAAUUGAUCUCUUUCACAAACACUCAAACAGUCGCACACAUUUAGAAAGAGUGAGAGAUGGCUUAUCAUCUCUCUUCACAUGGACCCUCUGCUCUUUCAAGAUUCUCUGUGCAACAUUCUAAGCCUUCCUCAAAGCGAUCAGUCAAUUUGCAGAAAGUUGGAUUUCGUGCAAGAUCCAGUUUGGAGGAUGAGACCUGCUCUCCUCGUAGUUCUGAUCACUCGUUAGAACUCAUCAAGGCUGAGGCAUCUCAUACUGCACCCUCCCGUCGUCAGUGUCUGACUUGUUUAUGUUCAACUGUGGCUUUGAUAGUAGCACCAGGAAUUUCUGAUUCAGAUUCUAAGGCAAUUGCUUCGGAUAGCAAAGAAAAAGCGGUCUGUCGCAAUUGCGGGGGCAGUGGUGCUAUUAUCUGUGAUAUGUGUGGUGGUACAGGAAAAUGGAAAGCUCUCAACAGAAAACGGGCAAAAGACGUCUAUGAGUUUACAGAAUGUCCAAACUGUUAUGGUCGAGGGAAAUUAGUCUGUCCUGUAUGUUUAGGGACAGGUUUACCAAACAAUAAAGGCCUUCUCAGAAGACCGGACGCACGAAAAUUGCUUGACAAGAUGUAUAAUGGCCGGUUAUUACCAAGCUCCUAGAAAUUGCGCUAGAUAUUGUUUCCAAUAUAGUAGUGCAACGACGUAGAAAGAGAUGGGAGAAAAGAACAGGAAACUGCCGGGAAGCAUAGGCAUGCAUGUGUGAAGGAAAAGAUCCAGUUUCCUCAAACUUUUUGAUGUAGAUUUGUAUGAAAAUUGGCUCCAAAAUUUUGUGAAGAAUCCUCGACUCAAAUGGGUUGAUAGGUAUCCAGGGAAGAAUUGAUGUGGUGUUGUAUUAGUAGAUUCUGGCUUUUGAAGCAGGCCGUGUCUGAGGAUUAUCCUGUAAGGCAUGGUGAGUGAGUGAUACAGCAUCCUUGUCCAAACCUCCACUUAAAGAGAGGCUGAUACUUGGUGUUCAUAUUAUAUCAUCUCACCCCUCUAUUUCGUACCAUGGAUCCUUUAUUGCAAUUAGUAUUACAUUACAUUUCAUACUAUGUUAUUUACUUACAUACUUGUAUAUAUACUCGUCUCGGGUAUAUAAAUUCAGGACAUCUGCAUAUUUAAAAGAAUUAUUA